AUGAAUAAAGAAAGCCAGGAUGAGUUAACCGCAGAGCAGUUCCGAAGACGACUUUAUUGCCUCUUCGAGAAACGAGGGGUUGUUGAUUACUUGAAGACUCAGAUGCGGCACUUGUUAGUUGAGGAGCUGCAGGAAUGUGUUCCAGGUGGAAAUAUUCUCAAGAAACGAGACCCUGAAGCUGCCAAAGAUGAUAACUCCCUUUUGUUGAGGGCAGCAAACUGUCUAGUGGCCAAUCAUCUCCAGAAGAGUGAAUAUGAAUACACGAUGGGAAUAUUUGUUCCCGAGAGUGGCACAUAUCCAGACAAGAUGUUUUCCACGGCUGACCUGCUGCAGCUGCUUCAUAUUAAUCCAUCAUCUGAAUUGUAUAAAAGGCUGGUUUCUCAAUUUGCUAGUUACUCAAAAAAAGGUUUCCUAUGGCAACUUCUGUAUGAGCUUUCUUCUCUCUAUUCUUCUGCGACUGUCAGUACAUCAGUGCAGACGGACUUCAUGCCUCAAUAUUCAGUAUCCACACUUGAUGAGAAGCUAAAUGGAGUGGAACGAAUUUACCGUUCCAAGAAAGAGAAAUACAAUGAAAAUGCCAAGGUUGGCCUGGAGGAAAAACUGGUGUCACUCCAAAGACAGCUGGAGGAACGAUAUGAAACUGAACUGCAGCUGGAGUUGACUCGAAUGAAGGAGAAUGACUUGGUUAGGUUCCGGAUAGAAGAAAAAGAAAAAUGCAGAAAAGAACUUGAACUCUCUAAAAAGGAGUUGGAAAAAAAUUACCAAAUCAGAUUGAAUGCCUUGCGUGAGAGAGAAAGAAACUUUACAGAACGGCUACAAAAAGAGGAGCAGAUGCAGUUGAAGGAGACAUACAUUCAGAGACAAUCUCUCUUGGAAGAAAUAAGUGCUCUUCGUGAAAGAGAUGCUGGCAUCACUCGUACACUGGAGGGAAUCAAUAGGGAGAAAAGCCUUCAUGAAGAGAAAAUGAGAAGUCAAGAGGAACUUUUAAGGCAAAAGUUGAAUGAAGUUAAUCGGAUGGAAAUGGAAUACCACCAGAGGCUGAAAAAUGAAAUCAACAAAUUUAAGAUUGAAGAACAAAAAAAACUUUUGGAAAGGUCACAGGAUUUAGAUAAAAGGGAAACCCAAGUGAAAGCUGCUGAACUUCAAAUUGCAGACAAUCAAAAGAAGAUGCAAUUACUAAAAGAAGAAAUCCAAGAUAAAAACACUCAAAUUCAUGAACUUGAGAUCUUACUUCAAGAAGCCCAUCGUAAUGAGUUAAAAUUGGUAACAAACAAUGAUUACUUAAAGGAGAUGAUGGACUUGAAUGAAAAGAAUUCUGUAUCAAAGAAGGAAUUUGAGAAUGUGAAAAUGUACCACUCAGAAACAAUGCAGUUGACUGAAUGCCUCAGGACACGUGAAGAGAAAUUCCUGAAGGAGUCUCUGCAACUGAAUCAAGAAAUGGCCACCGUUAAGCAAGAGAUGGAAAGAGUGCGUGAAGAACUGAACAAAGAGAAAAUCUUGUAUGAAAAUUACAAGAAACAACUUGAUGAAAGGCUUCAUAAAGAGAUUACUCAGAAUCGGAAAUUAUUGCAAAAGUGUGAUGAGCAAACGCAAGAAAUGCAGGCUUUCAACCAGGAGAUGACUAUUGUGCAGCAUAAGCUGCUUGUUGCACAAAAAGCUUUGAAUAAUGAGGUUGCUAAGAAAAAGAAGAGAAUCUGUUCAAGAUCACUGAGUAACCAGAGAGCCUGUGAGAAAUGCUCUCACCAACCAUCAAGAUCAACUCGCAAAAUCAAGACUCGGGGUGUUCACAAAUGUCUUUGCAGUGAUGAGAGCUGUGAUGAAAUCAUUUCCUGCAGUUCACAAUCACUUGCCCAAGAGAUUUGUCAAGAUGCUGGCCUCACUGAUGAAGAACUGACCAAUGAGGAUUCUUCGAAUAUCAUUGCUGAAAUUAAAUAUGAGAAAAAAAUGUUGGAAGAACAAAUGAAGAACAUCCAACAUGGCUACAAAUGUUUCCAAGAUAGACUGAAAGAAGGUGUCAGUUUCCCUGCCAGAACUUCUGUCAAUGAUGAAGCAGUUUGUGCAAAUAUUUUGAAAACUUCCAAGAAAAACUUCCGAUCUGUUAUUGGAGGUCACAAAGACUUCAGCCCUGUACAAGCAGAAAACCCCGACUCUGCAAGCAGAUCUCCCAAAACUCUUGCCUCCACACCACGUAAAGAUUCCAGUCACUCUGUAGGUAAAAGAGGCCAUUCUAUAUCUGCCCUUCCACGAUUUGAUAUAUCACAACUGACUGGUGAAGACGAAAACAGAUCCGUCGAUGAAGAUAGUCCCAUUGUUGGUCUUAUUUCUGAUCUCAAUAAACCUAAAGUAGAAGAAAAGAAAGUUGAUGAAGCAAAUAAUCCCAGAGCAGCUCUUCCGACAAAGCCGUCGUCUUCUGCAAUGUCACCAACCUCAAAAGUAGCAGCCGAAGCACAAGUACCAAGUUCUCUUGUUGCCUCUCCACCAAUUCCUGAUAUUUUUCAUACUGUUUCAACUCUUCCACCCAUUUCAGCCUCUUUCCCCAAAUCAUCCACUUCUGCUUCGAUUUCAGCCCCACUUUCUCACCUCUCUUCUCCUGGCCCAUCUUACCCAGCAAAGAAAUCUCCCCUUCAGGCUUUUGAUGCCACCGCAACACCCCUCAGUUCAAAACCUGACUCUGUUCUCCUUAUUACGCCAGCCAUGCAACCUCUUCCAGUUGUCUCCCUUGAUGAUGCUUGGGGUUGCACAAAAAACUCGGAAGCCUCCUCUUAUCAAAGCAAAUCUUCAAAUGCCAAAGUGUCGGAGCAGCAAAAAGACACCCAGCAUGAAAUAUUUCAGAAAAAAGAUCCAGAAAAGAAUGACGUCCACUUGGACACUGCUUCCAGUUGUAGCAUUCCUGGUUUGGAAUCGUCAGUCAAAGAAGAAGAAAAAGAAGUUCAGAAUGCAGUUUUAAAUGAAGAUAUUUCAAGUCAAAUAGAAACAGAAAUUGAGAGUGACAUUCUUCCAGGUUCUGAUCACAGUAGCCCUGUGUUGGAAUUGGAAUCUCAGAAAGAAUCUGAGAAACCAGCUUCAAUAGAAGACAAACCAAAACUUGGAGAAUCUGAGUUUGAAGAAAUUCAUUCAGAGAGUCUCUCGCAGUCUCACAUGUCUGACAGUGAAGUUGAUGACAACAUGUUUGAGAAUUGGUAA